UUACAUGACUAGUUGGUUAGUGGGCUAAUUAUGGCAACUCUACACCCAAAUUGCAAAGAAUGGCUAUGAGAAUUCUCGCUUUGACUUCAAGUUCAUCCGGGUGUAGAGAAAUUGGAGCACCUUUGAGGGGAUACAUACAAAGAAAAGGAAUAGACUAGAUGCAACAAGGAUGAGCAAUCUAGUGUACGUCCAAUUCAAUGUCAAACUCAUCAACAAGAAAGCAAAGAAGAAGGAGAAAGAUGUCCUACUUGCUAGCGAAGCAACGUAUGCACAAGGAUGGAUUGUUGAAGGUGGUGAUGAUGAUGAAGUUGAGCCGGGUUCAGGACUUACAUAUGAGUUGCUUGCCACCACUAUGGGAGUGGAUGAAGUCUUUAUGCCAAGAAGAAGUGGUAGAAAUGUUGGAGUACGUGAGCCGCGAGAGCUACAUGAAGAAGAUUUUGUAUCAGAAGAUGUCUCCGAAGAGGAGGAAAAUGAGGAGAUUGACUUUGAGUCUGAUGGAGAUCAAGUUUUGGAGGGGUAUGGAGGAGAAGAGAUAGAGGAAGGAGAUGAACUUUGAACUUGGCAUUAGGGAUCUUCGAUCUCGUUUAUUUCUACUUAUUGUCUUAUUCAACUUAUUUACUAGUUGCUACUACUUAAUUUCAUUUGGGUUUGUACAUUAA